UCAGUUUGUGGAAUAUGCUGAGUCAUGCUUGGAGCUGGUUAAAGAAAACUGAGGCUGAUGCUUUAAGAGCGCGGCAGGCCGGGGCUGCAGCUCGCUGUGGUCAGAGUGUUGCUUCACAGGAAGCAGAGCUGAGGUGUGGAGACAGCUUCUCACAGAGAGAGAGAGGGGGCGAGAGACACAGAGAGAGAGAGUGAGACAGGCAGACAGAUACAGGCAUGGAGGGUCUGAGGCGCACGCUGCUGCUCGUCUCUCUGCUCGUCGUUCUGGAGGGCAUGGCGGCGGCGGCAGGUGGCCAUCCCGGCCGGUCGCUGCCCGGCGCUCCACACAACAUCAGUAAAGACGACCGCGGGCUGCGGCGGGCCGUGCUCACCGCCACACACUCCUUCAACAACCAAUCAAACGACGCCUUCCUGUUCAGAGCCUCCGCCAUCAACACAGCACAGCGGCAGAUCAUUAAGGGGAUCCGGUACAUCAUGCAGGUGCAGAUCUCCAGGACGAUCUGUCGAAAACGAGACAACAGCCCCGAUCUGUCCAAAUGUGGCUUCCAGCCGGACGGGGCGCUGCGGCAGACGCUCUCGUGUCACUUCGAGGUUUGGGCGAUGCCCUGGCUUCACCAGAUGAAGACGCUCUUCUUCUUCUGCAGAUCCUGAACCCCGCCGCCCUCAGCCUGGACCCGCCUGCCCCCAAACCGCCCGCAAAGAAAAGUUUAAAGAUGACUCCUGCUCUGUUUUCUAGCGCUAAACUGAAUAAAUGUGAUCAACAGCA